CAAUUUCCUCCCCCCUUCUGCUCCCAUGACUCACCCCGGUGCCCAGCAUUUUUCAUUCGCUUUCUUCCUCACCCAUUGGCGCAUGCAUCACUGAUUAGGUGAUGGUGCACUAGCUAGGUUGCUGGGAUUAUCCAUGUCCUGCAGCACACAGGACCAAAGGCAUAUGCUCUUACUAGGUUGUUGAGGCGCAGGUGCUUUUGGCAAUGUAUAUAUAGGUUGCCUCGACGCUGAGUUGCCAUAGCUUCAGAGAGUAGAAGAACAAUACUUUCUUGGAAAUCAAGAUGGGUGGUGCCAGCGCUGCCAAGGCUUACGGUGCGGUGGUUCUGAUCAGGAUCAUGUACUCCGGCAUGCAUGUCAUGAGCAAGAUAGCGCUAGAUCAAGGCAUGAACCCCUUCGUGUUCGUGUUCUACCGGCAUACCACCGCUGCACUUGUGUUGAUCCCUGCUACGUUUGUUCUAGAGAGGCAAAAAGCUAAACCGGUGACACUGAAGAUUGCCGCCAAGAUGUUCAUACACGCUUUAUAUGGGGUGACAGCAUGUGGCGUCUUAUUUAACCUUGGUCUCAAUUAUGCGUCAGCAACAUCUUCAUCAGCAUUGUAUAACGUUCAACCGGUGGUUACCUUCAUUCUUGCCGUCAUCUUGGGGAUGGAGUCCAUGAAACUGAAGAAGCUCCAUGGCAACAUAAAAGUGGCCGGUAUUCUCUUCUGCAUCGCUGGCGUCACCGUGCUGGCCUUCUACGAGGGGCCGAUGUUCAAAUCUUUCAACCACCACCGCCUCUUCAAGGACGGUGGCAGCAGCGGCAACUCCUCUGGAGCAGACACCUAUUCAAAGAAGCAAUGGGUGUUUGGGAUUUUCCUCAUGACGCUCUCCAACAUCUUAGCAGGCUUGUGGACAGUGUUGCAGGGGCCAUUGAUAGAGGACACUUCAAAACUGAUGAACACCACGCUACAGAUCUCGUGUGCAUCGCUGCAGGCCUUCGCCGUGGCGGUCGCGGCAGAGAGGGAUUUCUCCAAGUGGAAACUUGGGUUUAAUAUUAGUCUGGUCGCCGUCAUAUACAGCGGCGUGAUCGUCACCGCCAUCUCGUACUACAUGCAAAUGUGGACGAUCGCCAAGAGGGGGCCAGUGUUCCUUGCCAUGUCGAUGCCGCUCACUAUGAUCUUCACAAUCAUCAUAUCUUCAUUGAUUUUAGGAGACGCAGUUAGCCUAGGGAGUAUAAUUGCAGGGAUACUACUGAUUGGAGGCCUAUACAACGUCCUCUGGGGCAAAAACAUGGAGGAAAAAGACGACAUGAACAAGAUAAGCGCUGCCGGUAAACCUGUCCUGGAGCUGCAAGCUCAAGUGCCAGAUGAUGCGGCAGCAAAGGUCUGAACUAGGAGCCAAGUGGCGAGUGAUGGGACGGAAAAGAUUGUGUCAAGCGACACUACUGGUUCCACGUUCCGUUGGAAAGCAACACAUGCAGAUCUGCUCACCGUGAAACUGGUGGCACGCAAUGGAUCCACGACGAUAAGAUGGCUAUGCGCCAUUUCUGUACCUACUUUCAGCCACCAUGCAUGGUUUCCUUUCAAGCACCGCACCACACGUCUCCUUGUUAAUAUUGUACUGUCGAAAUAAACCAAGUUUCAGAUGCUUUUCA